AUGUUGUACAACACCUAUCCCUGCGACACAUGCGGAAGGCAGUACAGGAGGGUGAUUUCGUUGCAACGGCACAAGAGGCUCGAGUGCGGGAAGGAGGCCCAAUUCGAGUGUGUCCUUUGCCACGCUAAAUUCAAGCACAAGCACAGUUUGUUGAGGCAUUAUAACGUGCACGUGGCCGACGUGAAGAAAACGACCAAGCUGGAGCGCGAGGAGAGGUCGGCUUGACAGCCAGAGCCGGGGACUUCGAUGCGUGGGAAGAGAUGCC